AUGGGUCAUAUAUACCCGGGCCAGCUGGAAGUUUACGAAGCCAAUACGGUUGGUGUAAUUUUGCUGUCGCCACAACUCGAAAUGCCACAAGUGGAGGCAUGGGCAGUGAGUUUUACCGCCGCCAGGUUGGAUUCUAAAAACAUUGCGAAUAACUGGGAACUCGCACCGUUGCUGAAAAGUGACAUGUUAAGGGACGCCUGCCUGCAACACAUAAAGGCUACAUUUGAGGCCACAGUUGCCAGCGAUGUUUUCCUUCAUCUGCCCUCUGACACUGUCUUAUCUCUGUUGCGGGCUGACGACCUUCAACUGGAGAAUGAAGAGAGCAUCUACAAGGCGAUUGGAACAUGGGUCUAG